GACUCAGGCAGAGGCAGCCAGCGGAACCUGCUUCCCCGAGCGCAGCGGAGCCUGGUCCCGGGCUGGCCCCUCUGCGGCCCCUGGAGCGGGCCAUGCCGCCGCGGGAGCUGAGCGAGGCGGAGCCGCCCCCGCUCCGGGCCCCGACCCCUCCUCCGCGGCGGCGCAGCGCGCCCCCGGAGCUGGGCAUCAAGUGCGUACUGGUGGGCGACGGCGCCGUGGGCAAGAGCAGCCUCAUCGUCAGCUACACCUGCAAUGGGUACCCCGCGCGCUACCGGCCCACCGCGCUGGACACCUUCUCCGUGCAAGUCCUGGUGGAUGGAGCGCCCGUGCGAAUUGAGCUGUGGGACACAGCGGGACAGGAGGACUUUGACCGACUUCGCUCCCUCUGCUACCCGGAUACCGAUGUCUUCCUGGCAUGCUUCAGCGUGGUGCAGCCCAGCUCCUUCCAAAACAUCACAGAGAAAUGGCUGCCUGAGAUCCGCACUCACAAUCCCCAGGCGCCUGUGCUGCUGGUGGGCACCCAGGCCGACCUGAGAGAUGAUGUCAACGUACUGAUUCAGCUGGACCAGGGGGGUCGUGAGGGCCCGGUGCCCCAACCCCAGGCUCAGGGUCUGGCUGAGAAGAUCCGGGCCUGCUGCUACCUCGAGUGCUCAGCCUUGACGCAGAAGAACUUGAAAGAGGUGUUUGACUCGGCCAUUCUCAGUGCCAUCGAGCACAAGGCCCGGCUGGAGAAGAAACUGAAUGCCAAGGGUGUGCGCACCCUCUCCCGCUGCCGCUGGAAGAAGUUCUUCUGCUUUGUUUGAGAAGCUGUGGCAGCAUAGUGAGUGGUGGGCAGGAGGCCAGAGACUUCUGGAACCUGGGGCACAGGGUCUUUGAGGGGGCUAUGGCAAGGCCCAGCCACCCCAUGGGACUCGGGUCCCUUCUGAACACUCUGGGGCCAUGGGCCUCUAACUGCCCACUCUGAUAUGCCUGGGUGAGCCUAGGGCCUGGAGGAGGGAAGAGGCUCUGAUUUGGAUUUCUGAAGUCAAGGCUCACAGAGAAAACCCAGCACUUUGAUUUGCAUGGGGUGGUCCUAACAGUGUUUCUUAUCAUGGACCCUCAGGUCAGCCUGGCUGAAUUAGGAGCCCUUGUGGUGGUCCCCACCCCCUCCUUUGCACAGGGGUGAGGAAGAACCUGGGUAACAACUGGGCAUCUUGGAAGGCAAGAAGGUGUCCAUCCCUGAUUUGGAGGGAAGUCUGGGAUGGAGUGGGUAGGAUGGAGACCAGCGAGAGAUUGGAAGAGGGAGCAGAAAUCAAGGCCUUGGAUCCCUGGGACUGGAGGCAGAUCAGAGGGCUGGGCCUGGAAGGAGGAAGAUGAGGAGAAAGAGAGCAGAGAAGUUGGGCAGCUGAGGAGCAGGCUGACACCUGGGCUGCCCUCAAACCCCAAGGCCAGGGAGGGCGGGGCUGGUCCCUGGGAAGAACUGGGUCUCAGGGCUCCCUAGGCACUGCCCAAACUGGCUGAGCCAGGAGUGGGGCAGGAAGUGAGAGUCAAGGCCCAGCAAAGGGAGGGGGACGGGCUGCAAAUUAGAGCCUGAAGGAGGAAGGGGUUGGGGGUCAUCCCUUUCUCCAAGGUCACAGCCUAGAAGGUAGAGCA